UGCCGCCGCAGGUGGCCAUCAGCUGUUUGGCGUAAAUAAAUAAAUGCGACCGGCUCGUUAUCUUAAAAUGGUCCUCAAAUAUAUAGAUAUUGGUGCAAAUCUUACGGAUUCCAUGUUCCAGGGUUCCUAUGGCGGCAGUCAGAAGCAUCAGCCAGAUUUGGACUUGGUCUUACAACGUGCUUGGCAUCAAGGUCUGGAUAAGAUCAUUAUAACAGCCGGGUGUCUAAAGGAUGUGGAUGAGGCACUCACACUGGCCGAAAAAGACGAUCGUCUUUUUACCACCGUGGGUACGCAUCCCACACGUUGUGAUGAGUUCCUGGCAGAUCCAGAGGCUUACUACAAUCAGUUACGCUCUAAAAUCCAAGCCAAUCCUCGAAAGGUGCUCGCCAUAGGGGAAUGCGGCCUGGACUAUGAUCGAGUGCAAUUCUGUAGCCCAGAAACGCAACGUUUGUACUUUGAAAAGCAACUCAAUUUGGCAGCCGAAUUUCGAUUGCCACUCUUUCUGCAUAUGAGAAAUGCUUGUGAGGAUUUCCUCGCCAUCUUGGAGAGAAAUCGUGACAAGGUCAAGGAAUGUGGUGGAGGUGUGGUGCACAGCUUCACCGGCAGUUGGGAAGAGGCUCAACAAAUUUUAGCAUUCGGUGGUCUUUAUAUUGGCAUCAAUGGUUGUUCCCUUAAGACAGAGGAAAACGUAGAGGUAGUGCGUCAAUUGCCCAACGAAUCCAUUAUGCUUGAGACUGAUUGUCCUUGGUGUGGCAUAAGACCAACACAUGCCAGUCAUAAGCAUUUAACAACCAAGUUUCCCACUGUCAAAAAGAAGGAGAAAUGGACAGCUGAAACACUUAUCGAUGGACGCUGUGAACCCUGUCAGAUAAGUCAAGUCUUAGAAGCCAUAGCAGGCAUUAAACAAGAGCCCAAGGAAAAGCUGGCCGAGAUUUACCAUCAGAAUACAUUGGAUUUGUUUUUCCCAAAAAGAUUAGACUAAAGUGCAAAUAAAUUUUUGUGCAUUUACAUUUAUUUUUUUUUUGUACAACUGUUUGUUAAUGAGAAUGUCUGUCAAAUACACAAAAUGAUUUUAAAAAUA